AUGAAAACAGUAAUAUGUUUUAAUAGUAGACCUGACAAUGAAAAUAAUGAAUUUGAAUUAUUAGACUCCGAUAGUGAUAAUGAAAGUAGUAAAAGUGAAUUGAUGAAAAGUAAUGAAAGUGAAUUGGUGGAAAGUAAUAAUGAGAAUGAGAAUGUGGAAUUAUCUGAAUCAGAAGCAGAGCUAAUGACUGAAA